CACUGACGAUCCAACUACUGAGAGGCAUCUGGAUUAUCGUAUCCUCUUAUUACUUGAACAGUCCAAACUUAGUGUGAGCCUUCCUCGAAUCUUGUUCCCUUCCUCGCAAAGGAGCCGGUGGGCGGUUCAAGUAGCAUCGCUUACCGUAUUGCAGAUCACCUCCUAGCUGCACUACCCCAAGUCUCGCCCACCGCCCGUUUUGACGGAUUGUGACAACCCUCCGCCACGUCGAAACCCCUCGCUAUAUCACCCGCACAAUUGCGCUUAACACGCGACAGCAGUUGCAGUCAUGGCUAAUGACGAGUAUGAUUUUCUCUUCAAAGUUGUGCUUAUCGGAGACUCCGGUGUCGGAAAGUCCAACCUGCUGAGUCGAUUCACCCGUAACGAGUUCAACCUGGACUCCAAGUCAACCAUCGGAGUCGAGUUCGCGACUCGAUCCAUCCAAGUCGACUCCAAGACUAUCAAGGCACAGAUUUGGGAUACAGCUGGUCAGGAGCGGUACCGCGCCAUUACCUCUGCCUACUACCGCGGUGCUGUCGGCGCCCUGCUUGUUUACGAUAUCAGCAAGCAUCAGACCUAUGACAACGUCACCCGGUGGUUGAAGGAGCUGCGGGACCAUGCCGACUCCAACAUCGUCAUCAUGCUCGUUGGAAACAAGAGUGAUCUGAGGCAUCUGCGGGCGGUGCCUACGGAGGAAGCGAAGCAGUUUGCCAGCGACAACAAUCUCUCUUUCAUCGAGACCUCCGCUCUCGACGCGAGCAACGUUGAGCUUGCCUUCCAGAACAUCCUUACAGAAAUCUACCGCAUUGUCUCGAGCAAGGCCCUCGACAACGGCGAAUCCGGACAGAAUCCCCUUGGCGAGCGCCGCCAGGUCGUGGAGAUCAGCAAGUCGCAGGACCCGGAGACGAAGCAAGGUUGCUGUUAGACGAUGGCGCAUAUCGGGGCGUCAGCGGCGAUGUCAUUUCUUUUGCGAUGUGAUCAUGCAAUGGUCUCCGUCUGUACUGGUCUAUUACAUGUU